AUGUCGCGCAGUCAGCGAGAACUCUCUAUCGCUCAACGCCGGCGUAGGCGUCACGUUUCUGCAGCUCGUAACAAUGUGAACGACCUUGUUGGCAUCCCGUGGAAAGAGGAACGGGAUCUUCGAAAGGCCAUCUACGACUCUCUGCGUGAUCAGCAUCUGACUCCCUCACAUCACUCCGGGCAUCAAUACAGUCGAUCUAAGCAAGCAAAGAAGAUGAGGAAGGCGGUGGCGCCAGCAAUUACUGGGUCGAUGAGGUCAGAGAAGACUAGGAAGGUUGAGGGAGGUAUUCCAACAAACCCCCAUCCGCGGAAGUCGCGACCUCUGCCGGGCAGUCUAUCGCACCAAUUCCUUCUCACCUCUUCCUAUUCUCGCUCCUUUGCCCUUCUCUCUCUCACAUCUGCUGCUGUGCGACGCAGUCUUGCUCGUGCUGCUGCCACCGCCAAACCGCGGCCUAAGAACAUCGUUCCACGCGCACGAACCGCUGCUCGAUCCCUUAAGCGGGAUGGCAGUGGAAGACGCGGUUUUCGAGGCUGUGGGAAUGCGGUGCCCAUGAAGGUAGAGCAUGAAGUGGCGAAAGAGGAGGAUGUUUUUGAGGUACUAGUUGAGGAUGACGAUGGUGAAUUCGUCUCACAAAUCGUCUCCGCCACAGCAACUAACCGCUUGACUCCGCCUAAGGUUGGUCAGCUAAUUGGAACACGUACUCCGCCACCGCCUUCACAGCCACCAUCCACCUCAGCUCUACCCCCCGCGUUGUGGCAGGACUCUCAGGGUCUUCCUGUAGACACUCACGAUUUUGUGGACUUCCUCUGUUUCUACGGGACGCCCUGCCUACCAGAGAAGCUGGCCUGGUUUGCUGACCCUCCCAACCGAAGGGUUUUUUCUACUGGCCAUCCGAAUUCUGUGAUCGGCAGUGCCGGCAAACAACUUUCUCAGUCCACCAGCACUGCUGUUCCAGCAACGGCUUCAAACCUUGCCUCAACUGUCAUCGCCUCAAAUAAUACGCCUCACAAGGCGCCUGUCUUCGUAGCUCGCAAAACAGCCUCAAUCGUAUCUCACCCGCUUAACACCGCCUUCUGUGAGGCUGGAGCUAAUUCUCCUUCAGGGCAAUCUAAUAUGAGAAGCGACGAGGACAAGACGAAGCAAUUAGAGGUGCCAUCGUUGACCUCCUCACCAGCAUCUUCACUGUCGUCACCUGUUCCUGGCAUCGCGAGACGGAGGGAGCAUUUACGUAAUGUUUUACCCAUUCUCACUUUUAAUGUUAGUGGUAGGACAGAAUGA